AUGACCGAGGUGCGCGACCAUGUCAAUUUCCCAGAAAAACUUGCGAUCAGUCCUUUGCUUCCACACGAGACUUACUUUACGCACGUCUUUUUGGAUGAACAACAACUUGUCUUUGGUGCUGAUGCACAGCGAGAAGCGAUCGAGACCUACGGGAUCGCAGGUCGCGUUUGGGAAGCAGCAUACUUGAUGACCAGCUACAUCGACCAUUUCUCUACUUGGGAGUUCGAUCCGCCCUUGGUCGAUAAACAAUUAUCUGGGCGCAAACGAGUUUUUCUUGAACUUGGUUCUGGCACGGGCAUUGUUGCGGCGAAGAUAGCUCAAGCAACUGUUUUGUCCAGACAAGAUCUAGUCAUAGCGACUGAUCUACCUGAAGUUUGCCCGCUUUUGGAGAAGAAUCUUUUCGUCACGCCAAAGGGAGAUUCAGCAGAUACACAGGUUACUCUAGUACGACCUCUUUCGUGGGGGAACUAUGAUCAUGCCAUCAAUAUCGCACGAGAAAUUAAGCGCGUCAAUGAUCCAAGCGGGCGUGAGCACGCCUGUAUCACACACAUCAUCUGCAGUGACCUUGUAUAUUUGCCGGAGCUUCUGGCGCCGCUUCUACGCACCCUCCUCCAUCUGACCUCUCCUCCUAUCUCCACCUUCGAGUCCCAACCACAAGUUAUCAUAUCAUACAAAAUUCGGAGUCUUCCUAAAGAGACUUCAUUCUGGUCGGCAUUUGGCCUGUGGUUCUGGUUUGAGCCUGUCAUUGCACGGAAGCUUGAUGCAAACAACUCGCUUUCCGAGUGGCAGCGAUUCGGAUUUGAUACAGGGGAUGAUGGCGAUCAGACAUUCAUCUUCGUGGCACGUAGACGUCCUGAAUCACUAAACUGGAUAAUCCCAUCGGGGGAUACUGAUCUACUCGGAGGCGUCGGCGCAAAGGGGACGAGUGGCAAAAAGAGUGACGAAACAUUCGAAACCUUACUCCUCAUGGGACUCGGAGAGUGA